UUGACACUUUAUAUAAAUACCUAAUUCUACAAAUAUGCAUUCUCUUCUAGUCUAAACGUUCGUGGUGUUUGCAUGAAGGAAUAAAUUAGAAAAUUUGAUGACAGAAAGGUUUAUUGUAGAGGAAAAAAAGGAUUAAAACAUGCCAGAACUUCUUCAGAACGGGAAUCAUGAAAAUGGCUCCUGUUCUAAGCAGCAGCAAAUUUGUCGAGCACAUUCACCUACUCUGACAGACUAUGUACCUUUGAAUGAAAGAGUACUUAAACGCAUUGAGUCUAAAGAUCCAUGGUACUCCUUGGAAUUUUUCCCGCCAAGAACAGAAAAUGGGGCUAUAAAUUUGAUUGGAAGGAUUGAAAGAAUGAAUCGUGGAGGUCCACUAUUUUGUGACAUUACUUGGCAUCCAGCUGGUGACCCAGGAAACACAGAAAAGCCAACAAGUUCAACCUGUAUGGCUGGUACAAUGUUAAAUUACUGUGGUGUAGAUACCAUGCUUCAUAUAACGUGUGGAAAUCAAGAUAUAGAAGAUAUUAAAGAGAACCUGAACAAAGCCAAGGAUCUGGGAAUCAGAAAUUUACUGGUUCUUAGAGGAGAUCCCCCAGAUGGUGGUGAAUCAUGGACAUUCCAGAAAGGACGAUUGAAUUAUGCCACUGACUUGGUGAAACUUGUAAGACAAGAGCAUGGAGAUUACUUUGUGAUUUGUAUAGCAGGAUAUCCUACAGGGCACCCGGAAUGUUCCAGCUAUGAGGUUGACUUGAAAUAUUUAAAGGAAAAAGUGGAUGCUGGUGCUGAUUUCAUUAUUACUCAGUUGUUUUUCAAAUCAGAAACUUUUCUGAAAUAUGUUGACGAUUGUCGAAAAAUUGGCAUAAACUGUCCUAUUAUUCCAGGGAUUUUGCCAAUACAGGCCUACCAGUCUUUACGACACAUUGUGAAACUAUCUCGUUUAGAGGUACCGCAAGAGAUUAUAGACGCUAUCAAUCCAAUCAAAGACAAUGACGAAGCCAUAAGAAAUUUUGGAAUAGAUCAAGCCACAACAAUUUGUAAAGAAUUAUUGAACAGUGAUAAAAUUCAUGGCCUACAUUUCUAUACUCUAAAUCGAGAAGUUGCUACAAUUGAAAUUCUCAAAAGACUUGGUAUGUGGCUUGAAGAACCUGCAAAGCCAUUACCAUUUAAACUCUCGGCCCAUUAUAACAGGACCAAGGAAGAUGUUCGACCAAUAUUUUGGCGAAUGAGACCCAAUAGUUACGUUCAUCGGACGUCUAACUGGGACGAAUUUCCAAAUGGACGAUGGGGUAACUCCUCGGCUGCAUCAUUUGGUGAUAUAUCAGACUAUUAUUUGUUUUACUUGAAACAUAAAUCGCCAAAAGAGGACAUGCUUAAAAUGUGGGGGUCAGAGCUUAAAAGUGAAGAAGACGUUUGGCGAGUAUUUUACUCCUAUAUUACAGGAGAGCCAAACUCAGAAGGAGUAAAGGUGAAAAAUAUCCCAUGGGUAGAUGAAGAGCUUAACCCAGAAACAUCCUUAAUCCAAGAAAAGCUAGCAGCUGUAAAUAAACGGGGUGUGAUGACUAUAAAUUCUCAGCCUAAUAUCAACGCAGCGCCCUCUACAGACCCUAAUGUUGGAUGGGGUAGUCCAGGAGGAUAUAUAUUUCAGAAGGCUUAUUUAGAGUUCUUCACAUCAGCUGAGAAUGUAGCAGAGCUAAAGAAGAUUCUGGAAGACUAUCCAUAUGUCAACUAUCACAUUAUAAACCACAAUGGCCAGGAUGUUGACACUAAUUGUGACAGAUCUUGUCCAAUAGCUGUUACUUGGGGUGUGUUCCCUGGAAAGGAGAUUGUUCAGCCAACAGUAGUAGAUCCAAUUGCAUUUCAGACAUGGAAGGAUGAAGCGUUUGGACUGUGGAAGGAAACAUGGGGUAGAUUAUAUCCAGAGGAUUCUGACUCCAGGAAGAUGAUCAAUCACAUACAUGAUAGCCACUACCUUGUUAAUCUAGUUGAUAAUGACUUCCCCAAGGAAUCAUGUCUUUGGGAGAUUGUUGAGAGAAUGUUAGAACAAGCAGGAAGUAAAAUGGACACGACAGAAAUAGCAAUUAACUAGAGAUGUUGAUGAUUGAUAAAGGAAUUGGAGAAAAAAAUGAGAGAGAGACCAGACAUUUUUCUAAUAUUGUGGGUUUUUAAUUUACAAGUGAUUGUGAUAAACUUUUUUAUACCUUUCUGUAAAGUUUUUAUUGACUUGUAUACAGAUCAUUGAUAGUUGUAUUGUGUAUAAUUACUAAAACAUCUGAACAUACAUGUAAACAUCAGUUGUAUAGUAUAUAUUUACUAAAACAUGUGAAUAUUAACAUCAGCUUUCAAGUAUAUUUUAUAAUUUAUAUGAGAAAGAGACAUGUUUAAUAAAAUUUCACAGGAGUAGAACAUCAAACUUUCUGUCAGAUUUGUACCUAUAUUUCAAGGUUACAAAGCACUAUUUUAAAAGAUUUUUUUUUUAAAACUUCAAAAUUAAUUAAAAAUGACAGGAUACAAGUUAUAGGGUUAUUAGUGAUAUACAGAAAAACUUGUUUCGUAUUAUAUAAUCACUGAUCUUGGAAGACUUGUUAUGACAUUUGUAGCAAAUUUUUUCUGAACAAAAAUAUUUUAAUGUAAAAUGUGGGAUUCAAACUUUUUCAGUGUUUUCAUGCUGUGUGGUUCAGAAUGUUAUAAUUAUUGUAGUGUUUUUAUUUUACAUGAUAAAAAACUAAUCACAGACGUCGUUAAAUUCAUGUUUUGUUGGGUGCUUUCAUAUUAAUCAUACAAUGCAUUGGGUUGCCUUCUAGUGCCAUAGGUUCCAUGAGACGACUUUUAAUCAAAAUUUUAUCAACCAAAUGAAACCAGUGAAUUACAUAUGUAACUAUCAUAUUUAGAACUAUGACAAAGAAGAAUAUGUCACAAGUUUUCAACAUCUUGAGAACUAAAUUUUGAUCAACAUGAAAUUAGAAGUAAUAUUUGUGUAUUGAUUUAAAAAAUAUAUAAAAAAAAAUGUCCCAAUUUUGUAUAUCAAAAAAAGCGGGUGGGCCCAUAACCUGCACAGCCCCAACAUCUGCCACCGGGUUACUUGGAAGAAGUCAAUAAAAUUUGGUAAUAAAUUUGUAUGAUAAUAAUAAUUAAAUGACAAUAACAUGAAAUGAAUUUUAUUGUUUUAAAAAUAAUGACAUACUAGCAGAAAUAGAUGCAUAUUUGUGCAGUACUUUGUAUUUCAAUCUAAUUGAAUUUAAAUCUCUGCACUCAUUCAAUUUUUUUUGGCUAAUCGUCAAGCAUAAAAAAAUUUGCAAGUGCAGAGGUUUCAUUUUAAUUUCAUUGUUUGUAUUAUAAGAUCUAUUAAGUUUUACAUAAUAAAUUGUUUACAUUUCAUAAAAAAGAUCUCUAGACAAGUGUCUAUACACAUGUUUGUUAUUGUAUUGUGUUUGUGUAUGUUUUUUUGUGGGUUUUUGUAACUUAUAAAGAUUAAGAAAUGCACAUUCGAGAUUCUACCUGUAUUGGGUAACUACAUACUCACUGAAAUCAAAUUUAAUUUUAGGGCAAGAAUACAAAUUGUAUUAUUUGUCUGAGUCUUCAUCAUUUUGGCAUUUACAAUAGUAGAUGGUAAUUUAUUGUUGUGGUUCUUAAAAUGUUAUAUUAACAAUAUGAACAGAAAUUGAGGAUAAAAAGAUUUUCAUUUGUUGGAAAUAUCGUAAUGAAAUUUGUAAAAAAGAUAUAUUAAAAUGUGUAAAAUUAAUCAGUAUUUUGACAAAAGUGAUAUUAACAGUUACAUGUACUUACAAAGCCUAACUGAUGAGGUUUAAUACGGGGAUUUGAUCAUAACGGAUACACUUUGUUGUUCUUGCCUUGUCUUUGGAAGAGGGUUUGGAUGGGGUUAAAUGAUUAAAGAAUAAUGCCCUUAAAAAAUGAAGAUUAGAGAAUAACACCCAAGAAAAAUGAAGAUUAGAGAAAAAAGGGGGUAAUUUUUUGAAGAUUAGAGAAAAAGGGGUGAAAAUUAAAUGUUUACAAAAUAACAGACAUGUUUAGCAGAAGUAAGGAUAGAAACAAGAUUUUAUGGCUUACAAUGUUUGUUAAAAAUUGCUUUAAAAAUGUUAAUGAUAUAUUUAUAUAGAAGAUUUCUUUUACCACUUUUUAUUUUAUGUGUAUUAUUUGUUGAUGAAAUAAAUGUUAUAAUUAUA